AUGACUUCAAAACAAGAUAUAAAAUUUGUGAGAGCAGAUGCUAAUCAACGUAGAAAGAAUUUGGAUCCAUUGAAUUGUGCAAAAUGGUGCUUCGUCUUGGUUUCUUUGCUCCCAUCCUCACCUAUUGCAGGAGAAGGAAUUUAUAAAGACGGUCAAAUUAUUAUUGGAGCUCUUCUACCAGUUCGAUACCAAAAUGAAUACGGUUUAUGUCGCGGGAUGUUUCGGUAUUAUGGACUUUCUGUUGUGGAAGCAAUGUUAUAUGCCAUAGAAUCCAUAAACAAAGAUAACUCCCUCUUAACAAAUGUGACCUUGGGAUAUGAUAUCAUAGACGUUUGUACAAGCCCAGCAUCGGCAAAUACCAUGSCAUUCGAGUUUGUUUCUAGGAAUAAAGCUACAAAACUCAAGUACCAAGUCAAUGACACAGCCGACAACUUUCAAAAAUAUUUUGGCAUUCUUCGGAAGCCGAUUGCAKCAGUUGUGGGAACUGGAGAUUCCAGCAGCUCUGUAGUUGUCGCCAGCAUGUUGAAUAUUGAUGAUAUUCCUCAAGUCAGCCCGUUUGCCACUAGUGURGAACUSAGYCAGCCCUAUUUCAAGACUUUUUUCAGGCCAGUUCCACCAGACGGGCAACAAGCCAAAGCCCUCGCUGACCUUGUAGACUAUUUCAAAUGGAAAUACGUUUACGUCGUUGGUGUUGAUACGUCGUACGGGAGAUAUGGCGUUAUGGCAUUUGAGAAUGAGGCAUUAGAAAGAGGAACCUUUUGCAUAUCUCGCAUAUCCUACUUCCCGACGUCCGGUUACCAGCAAAUAAUAAAAGAGAUAGUGUCAAAAAUCAAACUUGAGACAAAUGUGAAAGUAGUUGUCUUGUGGGGUGGCAUUGCUACUUCGAGUCGCUUUAUAGAAGAAGCGUACCGGCAGGGCAUUACUGGGCGAACUUGGCUUGCACCUGAAGCUUGGUCCGAGGCAACACCUCUCUUUAUAAACAAAUACAUGAAAAUAAUUGGAGGAUUUAUGGGAACAAAGCUGCGAAACUACAACCUUGAUGGAUAUUUUCGCCAUUUAACCAGCUUGAACUAUUCAUCUGCAAGAGUUCAGAACCAUACUUGGUGGAGAGACUACUGGAUGAUCCAGCAAAACUGUAAAAACAUCUUAACAUGCGACUUUCUGAACUUCCGCAUCACCAAACAACGAUAUGAAGACRUGUAUGUUAAUUACCUCCCUUACGUCAUCGACUCAGUAUAUGCGAUUGCGCAUGCCAUAGAUGCUAUAUACCGUUGUCGUGGGAAUGAUUGUCCAAUGACUGAACCAUUUAUUGAUACAAAAGACAUUUUGAGAUACAUGCGCAAUGUAACGUUCGAAGGAGUAACGGGAAAAGUCGAUUUUGAUAAGAAUGGGGACUCCAUUAGUUCGGCCGCYUAUGAUAUUGUUAAUUUACACGCAGGGACUAUUGCUCCUCAAUUGAAGAUUGUUGGCACUUGGGAUCGAGGCAAAGCAAGGCGAUUAAAUAUAAGCAAUAGUUCAUUGUAUUGGAACACCGGCACCAACAAGGUUCCAGUAUCGGUAUGCAGCAAGCCCUGUCCACCAGGAUCCAUGCAGACAGUGACAGUAGCAUGCUGCUGGAAGUGCAUCCGCUGCCCAUUUGGUUUUAUUAGUCAGAAGUAUAGCUCCUCACAAUGUACGGAGUGUCCGAUAGAUAAAAUGCCUGACAAUGAUCGGACAGAGUGUAUUGACUUUCCUGAAAUGAAUAUCUCAUUUCAUGAUUCCCAGUCUAUUGUUCUCCUUGURGUGGCGGCCUUUGAGCUUAUUUUAGUUCUCUUUGUCCUUGUCAUCGGUUUCAAAUACCGAAAUACGCCAAUUGUCAAGUCUUCCAAUCGAGAAAUGAGUGUCUUAUUUCUUUUCGGUAUAGUCGUUGGUAUAGUAUCUGGAGUUAUCCGCCUUGUUCGCCCUACACCGUUGAUUUGUUAUUUCAAUAACCCUCUUCACGCGCUCUACUAUACGCUAUGUUUGUCCAUUCUAAUCGUCAAGACCAACAAGUUGGUKCGAGCGUUUGAAUUGAAUUUUGCCAUAUCAAGAAUUAGUCAGUUUUGUACCGGUAAGAAGGGGCAAUUUUUAAUUCUGUUCUUUUUGAACAUGAUACCAAUAUUACUGGUAACAUUGUGGCAUGUACUCGAUCCUCCUUACGUUCACAUUACAACGCAACGUUUUAAGUCAAAGCACUUAGAAUGUAAAGGACAUAAGGGAACUGUUGGCCUUGCUCUUCAAGCAUCAUUGUAUGCAUACCAGUUUAUUCURUCCAUCKUCUGUGCUUWCUACGCGUUCAAGGCCAGGAAUCUACCAGAAAACUUUAGUGAAGCACGUUAUAUUGCCUUUACAAUGUACAUGCAGCUUCUGUGUUCAAUGUGCUAUGCUAUAUUGCAAAACACYGUGAMGGGAAAUUUUUUAACAAUUUUCUCAUCAGCAAUCAUAAUUCUAAGUUCAUUAGGGUUUCUGGUGUGUAUGUUUGCUCCAAAGGUUUACAUCAUUCUGAAAUUCCCUGAGAAAAAUACAGUGGAAUAUGUGAAAGCGUCUGUGGCAAGUCACUCUUUUCAAAGAAACGUAAAAAUCAAACCCCUUGGUGUUGCUACGGGAACAGAUGUCUGUCAUGGCAACAACAACCUUAGCGAAACAAUCACCAAUCGUCAAUCAAACGUUCUUAGCAGGGGUACAGUGAAAGUCAGAGAAUCCUGUGAAGACUCGGAUGGAGUUGCCAUGGUAACAGAAGUUUACAAAUCCAAUCACAACCGCGCUUUUAAAGAAGAGAAGAAAGAAGAGCACUGUCUAGAUAAAAUAUCCGGUACCUUUUUGAAGAAACAGCGAGGUUCGGAUGUCCCCACAAAUGCGGACAGUUUUGAGGCUACCAUUUCUGACAGUCACGAAAUGAAUAUUUGA